AUGGGGCUCCGAAGCUAUGUCAAGCAACUCAAUUACAGCUACGAGGUCACCACAGGGCUCUAUAUGCUCGAGCCAUGGGAGAAGGCCGUCUUCAACUCCGUUGUCAUGGUCGGCUUCUUGCUGACAACAUAUGCGACCUACAACUACAUCUCAAAACUGACAGGAGGGCUCUUUUAG